GUUCAGUUUACACAGAAACGCCCCCAGCAGCCCUGCUCAGGUAAACUAGCAGAUGUAAGCUGCAACAAUGGCGGGUCUGGAGGGAAGAUUGCGUUUUCUAAGUGGAAGUACAGACACUACUUUAUUCUCCUUGAGCCCAGAAGCGGGAGUGUUGAAAGCUGUAAGAGUUGAUGAACUCUGGAAAGAAGUCCAGCAGCUUGAGGAACAUCUGGUCAAAGAAACUGGAGGGAAGCAGGAGCUCAAACAGCGGCAGGACGCAGCAGAGGAAGAGACACCAGAUGAUGGAUGAUGUUUUCCAGCCCAGAUUAGAUGUUAAAGAAGAGGCUCCUGAAGAACAGAGUCCUGAUAUGGACCAGCAGGAGCUGGAGCUCCUCCACAUAAAGGAGGAAAGUGAAAGAAUCUGGACCAGCCCGGAUGGAGAACAACUGAAUGUGAAGAAGGAGACUGAUGAUACCAGGUUUCCAGUAACUGUUGUUCAUAUGAAGAGUGAAGAGGAUGAAGAGAAACCUCUGUUCUCUCAGUUUCAUCAACACCAGAGAGACAAAGAUCUUCCAAGCAGCAUCUCAACUGACCAGAUAAAAACAGAAAUUAAAGUAGAGGACUGUGGGACAGCAGAAUCCAGCAGGAACCCACAUCUAAAUACUCAUGGAGGCUCUUCCAACUAUUCACUGACUAAAGACAGUGAAGAUGAUGAAGGGGAUGAUGUUGUGAAGCAUCAUGAUUCUGAGCUUAAAUGCUUAUCAGACUCUGAAACUGAAGACAGUGAGGAUGAUUGGAAGGAGAGCAGGACUCCAGGAUCAGACAGAAACACUGUCAACAAAUCUUUGAGCUGCUCUAAGUGUGGAGGAAAAUUUGCUAACAGACGCUCUCUUCAGAGUCACAUGACUUGUCAUCCAAGAUUAACGUCUUCAGAUUGUUCUGGUAAUGAGACGUGUUUCAGAGAAAAGAAAAUUAUAGAUUCACUAACCAAAGGUUUUACCAGUAAAUUUGAUUUAAAACAACACACAAUAGUCCAUACUGGGGAGAAACCCUUUAUUUGUGAUGCAUGUGGAAAAGGAUUUGCCUACAGGUCAGAUUUAAACAUACACGUGAGAAUUCACACAGAAGAUAAACCAUUUGGUUGUGAUGUAUGUGGGAAAAGCUUUUUUUCCAAGUCACAAUUAAACGCACACAUGAAAAUUCACACAGGAGAUAAACCUUUUAGUUGUGAUGAAUGUAGAAAAAGAUUUGCAGUCAAGUCACAAUUAAACACACACAUGAGAACCCACACAGGAGACAAACCCUUUGUUUGUGAUGUAUGUGGGAAAAGCUUUGUUUCCAAGUCACAAUUAAACACACACAUGAAAAUUCACACAGGAGAUAAACCUUUUAGUUGUGAUGAAUGUGGAAAAAGAUUUGUCUCCAAGUCAAAAUUAAACACACACAUGAGAAUUCACACAGGAGACAAACCCUUUGUUUGUGAUGUAUGUGGAAAAAGCUUUGUGCAGAAGUCAACUUUAGAUAAACACAUGAGAAUUCACACAGGAGAUAAACCUUUUAGUUGUCUUGCAUGUGGAAAAAGAUUUGUCUCCAAGUCACAAUUAAAAACACACAUGAGAAUUCACACAGGAGAUAAACCUUUUAAUUGUGAUGCAUGUGGAAAACGAUUUGUCUCCAAGUCAAAAUUAAACACACACAUGAGAAUUCACACAGGAGAUAAACCUUUUGGUUGUGAUGUAUGUGGAAAAAGAUUUGCCUACAACUCAGAUUUAAACAAACACGUGAGAAUUCACACAGGAGAUAAACCUUUUGGUUGUGAUACAUGUGGAAAAAGAUUUGUCUCCAAGUCACAAUUAAACACACACAUGAGAAUUCACACAGGAGAUAAACCUUUUGGUUGUGAUACAUGUGGAAAAAGAUUUGUCUCAAAGUCAAAAUUAAACACACACAUGAGAAUUCACACAGGAGAUAAACCUUUUGGUUGUGAUGCAUGUGGAAAAAGAUAUGCCUAUAAGUCAGAUUUAAACAAACACAUGAGAAUCCACACAGGAGAUAAAACCUUUAGUUGUGAUGCAUGUGGAAAAAGAUUUGUCUCCAAGUCACACUUAAACACACACAUGAGAAUUCACACAGGAGAUAAACCCUUUGGUUGUGAUGCAUGUGGAAAAAGAUUUGUCUCCAAGUCAGAUUUAAACACACACAUGAGAAUUCACACAGGAGAUAAACCUUUUGGUUGUGAUGCAUGUGGAAAAAGAUUUGUCUUCAAGUCACGAUUAAACACACACAUGAGAAUCCACACAGGAGACAAACCCUUUGGUUGUGAUGCAUGUGGAAAAAGAUUUGCCUACAAGUCACAUUUAAACACACACAUGAGAAUUCACACAGGAGACAAACCCUUUGGUUGUGAUGCUUGUGGAAAAAGAUUUGCCUACAAGUCACAUUUAAACACGCACAUGAGUAUCCACACAGGAGACAAACCCUUUGGUUGUGAUGCUUGUGGAAAAAGAUUUGCCUACAAGUCAGAUUUAAACAAACAGAUAAAAAUUCACACAGGAGAUGUGGAAAAAGAUUUGUCUCCAAGUCACAAUUAAACACGCACAUGAGAGUUCACACAGGAGACAAAGCCUUUAGCUGUGAAACAUGUGGAAAAAGAUUCUCCUGGAAGUUAAAGUUAGAUAUACACAUGAGCGCCACACAGGAGACUAACC